CUCCUUUGCUCUGUGCUCAGAUCUGAAUGACUCAGAGAUCUGAGACUGUUCUGUGUCUGACCAAGGAGGAGAGGAUUAUACAGGUCCAUGCACUGUAACCUGAUGUGUCUGUCUGCCUGAGGAACAUCACACAGAUCCGCAGGAAGAUAACAAGAACAAGGUGUCUGACCAACAGUGAAGAAAUUUCUGGAGUUAUGGAGACAAUGUCCUCCAAGCAUCUUUGAGGCCCUGUGUGGUGCAUUCCACGUCACUGAAAGGGUCUAUACGGAAUUUCCUUCGUCCCCAUUGCUGUAAAUCCAAAAUGCCGGCAAAAACUCCAAUUUAUUUGAAAACCUCAACUCCCAAGCGCGGUAAAAAGCCCAAACUGCGAGAUGUUUUAUCAAGGGAGAUGAUCAGCCCCCCUCUGGGAGACUUCAGACACAGCGCUCACAUUGGGCUAGAAGGAGAAGAGGACAUGUUUGGGGAGCUUUCGUUCUUGCAGGGGAAGUAUGACGUACUUCCAAACCAGGUACGUAAGUUGACCAUCCAGAGCGCAGACAACAGUCUGGACCAAGAGUUUCACUCUCACGACAGUGAUGGGGGCUUCCGUCCCUUCCUUAAAAAUGCAGUCUCUCUCCCUGUCGUCAGUGGCACACAGGGUAAGGAGAGAGCCCCUCCAAAACCUCCCAGACUCCACUUGGAAGAAGUCCCAAGCCAGCGUUCCAUGUCCAUCAGCUAUGGGGAGGGAUGCUUUCGCAGUGAUGAAGAGAUGUCCUUUUCCUCUUUCUCAAAAGAAGAAAGCAGCCGGUUUCUGACAGCUUCAACCAGCUCAUCUGAUGGUUCCAUGACUGAGAGCAGCAUGUUCAAUCCAGAACAUGGGGCAGACGUAUCACAAGACAAAACGGACAGCUCCGUCACCCACAACCAAGACAUUCCUCCUACUGAGUCUCUCUUCGGGCUGGAGCUGGAUCUCGGCCCGUCAAUCCUGGACGAUAUCUUGCGGAUAAUGGAUGAUUAUAAAACUUAGUGAUUAAACGAACACACCAAAACCUUGUAUAUAGACAUUUAUGGACACUAUUUAUUAUUGUACAGGAAUGCUCCAGACAGCAAAAUGUUUGACAGACUACUAUCAUCGGGACAAUAUCUCUCUGUGAUCAGUGAUUAUUGCCAUAGGAACAGUAUUUUAUAGUAGCACAAUAGGUGUUAUGGCAUAGUGUAUGAAUAACCUUGCUGGUAUAAGACCUAUAGAACCCUAGGCCAUAUUCCUUACCUGUUUCACUAUUUAAAGCAGAAUGCAGGUUGUUGAGUAUCUUUCAUUUUGUUACAACGUAGUGUAAAAUUCCAUAUUGUCUACUGUACCCUACUGCAGCAAAGUAAGCGACCCCCCCCCCCCCCAUACACCCCCCUGUCAUACAUUCUGACCCAACCCAGAAAGGUGUCCAGUCAGAAGGUUGACGGUAGCCAAGGUUACUGUUGUUCUUCUGACCAGAUACCAUUCUGAACAAUCAUUGAGAACAAAACAGUUGUAUUGGCGUAUAAACUACGUCUCAGGCAAUAUUAAGCAAACACGGUACCUAAAUAUAAUGGGUGUUGUAGCAUUUGUCGACGUUGAGAAUGUCGACAUGGACAGGAGGGUGACAUGUCACAUGUUGACAUUCAUGAUGUUGUCAUAAUGUCAACAUUGCCAGAAUAUCAACAUUGUGACUGUGGACAGGUGGCAUGUACAGCAGGCGACUGUCCGUUCUGGGCAGGAGUAAGCCUAAUUCUACCCCUACCCCUAAAAAUCAUACAAAAUUUGACUGUCGACUUCCAUCGUCGACAUUCGCAAUAUCGACAUGGCGUCAUGCCGCUAUAUUGAAUGUUGGUGUUAUUUCAACAUCAACAUUCAGACCAUGUUGACAUUCUUGUGCCGACAUUCAGAAUGUCAGCAUUAUGACCAUGUAACACAUGUAAGUCUGUGAUAGACAUGACAAGUUGUUUUUACUGUUAUUCACAUUUGUUUCCUCUCCUUUUGCCUACAUGAUGUGCACUGAACAGAUACUCAGAAACAGUGUCCUUAAUAACUGGGAACCAAAGACAUCACGCUGCCAUUCUCACUGGUGUAGUGUAGCUAGUGACAUCACUGCUGCCAUCAUUCUCAUUGGUUUAGUGUAACUAGUGACAUCACUGCUGCCAUCAUUCUCAUUGGUUUAGUGUAACUAGUGACAUCACUGCUGCCAUCAUUCUCAUUGGUUUAGUGUAACUAGUGACAUCACUGCUGCCAUUCUCAUUAGUUUAGUGUAACUAGUGACAUCACUGCUGCCAUUCUCACUGGUGUAGUGUAGCUAGAGGCAUCACUGCUACCAUUCUCACUAGUGUAGUGUAGCUAGUGACAUCACUGCUGUCAUUCUCAUUAGUUUAGUGUAACUAGUGACAUCACUGCUGCCAUUCUCACUGGUGUAGUGUAGCUAGUGACAUCACUGCAGCCAUUCUCACUGGUGUAGUGUAGCUAGAGGCAUCACUGCUACCAUUCUCACUAGUGUAGUGUAGCUAGUGACAUCACUGCUGUCAUUCUCAUUAGUUUAGUGUACCAAGUGACAUCACUGCUGCCAUUCUCAUUGGUUUAGUGUAACUAGUGACAUCACUGCUGCCAUUCUCUUUGGUUUAGUGUAACUAGUGACAUCACUGCUGCCAUUCUCAUUGGUUUAGUGUAACUAGUGACAUCACUGAUUCACAGGGAAUGAAUAGGUUACAUUGGUCCGGCACAGUAAUGGCGGCCUGCACUCUGUAUAACGGAGAUGCCCAGUCUCUUCUUAGUGUCGUUAACAAUCCACAAUCAUAUGAAUGUGUGUUACAGCUUUGGAUUUUAUAUAUAUAUAUAUAUAUAUAUGCGGCGGGAUGUUAUGAAUUCAGAUGCAGCGGCCGUGCAGGAUGCCGGACAAACGUGGACUUUUUUUUUUAAAGGGGAAAACAUUUACAAAGCUUUGUAAAUGAUUGCCCCUUUAAAAAAUAAGUUUGUCCGGCAUCCCGCACAGCUGCUGAACUCGAACUGCAUUACAUCCUGACCAUGGUUUCUUAAGGCUUCAUAUCAGCAAAGUUGACAAACUUAAAUAUUCACACCUCAUCCCUUAUGUGAACCUUUCUCUCCUCCGUCUAUUAUGGAGCUAGAACAUUUUCUGUUAUCCGAAGUCUCAUUUUCUACAAAUAACAGAAAUGGAUUCAAAGUGCAUUUCCUGGCAAGUGAAGAGACAAAAUACCGGAUGUGUUAUUAAUAGGAAGCUAACCCUAUAGUUUUUAUUUUUCCUUUGUAUUUGUCUCAUGUAAAUAUUAAAGUAUGACCAUAUAAAUAUAUGUAUGUUAGGACCUCUCCUAAGUUUUGUGAUGCCCUAUAGGUCUGUGUGAUACAUCUCAUGAUAUAGUACAGUUACCAUGAUUGACUCUCUAUUACCCAUAAACCUUUUACCUUUACCAGAGCUCUCCUGUCAGUCUUACUGAGUGGCGAUGAUCAUAUCACAAUGAAAUAACUAUGGACGAUUAGGUCCUAGUAGAGAGGGCAAUUAGGUCCUAGUAGAGAGGAAUAUGUGCAACAUUCACUAGUAGACAGAAAUCUGUGCAAUAUUAUUGGUCCAGAUUAGGACAUCAUUGUGGAAAGGAUCUGAAUGGACUGUGGCUCUUUUAAAAAUGUCACUCAGUAAUGACUGUCACUACACCAUUGCUCCAGCACGGAGUAUGGACAACAUGUCCUGUUAGGAUUCCCUGAGGAUUGGAUGGUAACAUACAUGUAUAACAUAGGCACAAUUAUGAAUAUAUUGUUAUUAAGGAACCAGAGCCUGUCUCGUGGUUAGUGAGAGUCACUUCUGGGACCGGAUUUAGGCCGGGUUACUGGGCAUGUGGUGCUGGAUGAAGGCGCACUGGUUUCGGGACAGGCUACUGUAUAAGAAUUGCUGGAAGAAAACGCACCAGAUUUGGGCUGUGCUACUGCACGUGCACAAAUUCCUUGUGUAUUAUGUACUGAUAUACUUGGCAAUAAACCGAUUCUGAUUCUGAUGGAAUCAGGCCCACCGUGAUCACCUCAAGCCCACUCUCCAGCAGGGGUAACCCACUCAAGGCAAAGGGCUAAUGCCAUUUGAAGAUAGUGUUAGCCCACGCAUGCAAGAUCCGGAAAGCUACACUUUGCAGAACUUGUGACAUACCAUCCCCAUAGAAAAAUACGGUGAUGGCUCCUGCAAGAGUUGACAGAUAUCUCCUGUUUCCUAUCGUAUUACAUUGUAGGUAGCAGCUUCCAUAUAUCUAAAGGGCAGAACUGCGUAAUAAAUAGGCUCUAAAACUUUUAAAACACAAAGCACAGGAAAUCAAAUCGGCAUUAGGUGACUGACUGAUAAUCACACAUCACUAUCUCUAGUAAAUUCUAGGCCUAGGAGGGACUGGUCCAUAAAACAGCUGACCACUGUGGGGACUGUUAUAUUUGUGAAUAGAAUGUCUUGCAAACACAAAAGAGUUUGCAUAGCUCAGAGACACCUUAUUGUGUAGGGAUCUAUGCCUUAUAUAAAAGGUCCUCCUGGGAUGUCCUUGGUAUUAGACAGAGGAGAGAAAGGGAUGAAGAGUGCUCAAGUGAAACUUAAGUAAUAAAUAAGAUAUGUACAGACGCAGAUUUAGGGGUAGGCAAAACAGAACCCCCCCUAAUGUUAUUAUUUUAGUUGAAUGGUUAUAAGCCCUCACUACAUGAUAGCCAAUUUAACAGAAUAAUAAAUAAAAGCCACUUAACUAUUAAAAAUGUUUUAAUUUUAAAUAUUUACUAAGUAGAACAACUUUCAUAGGCAGUAUGUGCAUGUCUUACCUGGUUACACUCUAUUCCAGUGGUUCUCAAACUCAGUCCUCAGAACCCCACACUGUCCACGUUUUCCAUGUCACCCGGCAGGUGAACUUUGUAUCACCAACUGUCACAUUUUAAAAAUCUACAGGUGACCUGGAAAACAUGAACCGUGUGGGGUCCUGAGGACCGAGUUUGAGAACCUGUGCGUUUAUUCCAUAUAGCAAAUGGUACAGAAAAGUGGAAAUAGUUUGCAGUUACUGAUACGUUUCAGUCUGACAGUACCAACACAAACAUCCAAGUGCCCUCCCCCAACAGGUGCCGUCCCUAGGAAAUUCACCACUGAAUAUGUAUCAGCAGUUUUUCACGGCACCGCUAGGCCAAAUGUUUCUUACUGAGAAAUUCUAUUUAUUUAUUUUUUAAUAAUUAACUUGUUAUGCUUACCUGUCCUCCUUAGGGUCAGUUAUGUGAUGGUGGACAGGGUUACGCUUCUGUUUGUCCACACAUUUUAUGGCUGGCAGGUAGCAGCUGUUGUUUUGUCAUAUGAGCUAUAACUAAUUUGAUUUAUUCUUGGACCACCAACCUGUGGCACCACAACGGAACCACUGCCCUAUGGUGAAUCCCUACGUGGUACCUUAUACUGUAUAAGAAUUAUAUGUGUUCCGUAGAUCUUUAUUAUGCAAACCUCUGAUGCUUCCUAGUAUAAGAAUGAUAUACGAUCUGUAAAUCCAUAGUGUUAAGUCCUGUGGUGGAUUCUAGUAUAGGAAAGAAGCAUGAUAUGUAGAACCUUAAGGGGAUGUCCUCAGACAGUCCCUAGGUUAGGAAGGACACAUCGUAAGUAUGGCGAAGUUCUCAGGUGGUCACCAGUAUAAGACACAUGUUUGAGGGAUGGUAAACUUCUCUGAUAAUCCAUUAAUGAUAAGUGACACAACAUUGUGAAGUCCUAGAUGAUCCCCAAGUAUUAGAAAGACACGUGAUAUGCGGAAUAUAGGAAUGCAGUCCUCAGAUGGUCCCAGGUAUAGGUGAGACAUGUGAUAUGAGCAAUAUAGGAAUGUGGUCCUCAGAUGUCCCAGGUGGUAUAGUAGAGACGUGAUAUGUGGAAUAUAAGGAUUCGGUCCCCAGAUGGUCCCUUGUAUAGGGGAGACAUUUGAUAUGCCGAAUAUAGGAAUGCAGUCCUCAGAUGGUCCCUGAUAUAGGGGAGACAUGUGAUAUGCAAAAUAUAGGACUGCAGUUCUCAGAUGGUCCCAGGUAUAGGGGAGACGUGAUAUGUGGAAUAUAUGGAUGAAGUCCUCAGAUGGUCCCAGGUAUAGUGGAGACGUGAUUUUAGGAAUAUAGGAAUGCAGUCCUCAGAUGGUUCCAGGUAUAGGGAAGACAUGUGAUAUAGGACUUCGGUCCACAAAUGGUCCCAAGUAUAGGAGAGACAUGUGAUAAGUGGAAUAUAGAAUUGUGGUCCUCAGAUGGUCCCAGGUAUAGGGGAGACAUGAUUUUAGGAAUAUAGGAAUGCAGUCCUCCAGAUGGUCCCAGGUAUAGGGGAUACAUGUGAUAUAGGAAUUUGGUCCACAAAUGGCCCCAGGUAUAGGAGAGACAUGUGAUAUGAGGAAUAUAAGAAUGCAGUCCUCAGAUGUCCCAGGAAUAGUAGAGACGUUAUAUGUGGAAUAUAGGAAUGCAGUCCUCAGAUGGUCCCAGGUAUAGGGGUGUGACAUGUGAUAUAGGAAUUUGGGCCACAAAUGGUCACAGGUAUAGGAGAGACAUGUGAUAUGAGGAAUAUAGGAAUGCAGUCCUCAGAUGUCCCAGGAAUAGUAGAGACGUGAUAUGUGGAAUAUAGGAAUGCGGUCCUCCAGAUGGUCCCAGGUAUAGGAGAGACAUGUGAUAUGAGGAAUAUAGGAAUGCGGUCUUCAGAUGUCCCAGGAAUAUUAGAGACGUUAUAUGUGGAAUAUAGGAAUGCGGUCCUCAGAUGGUCCCAGAUAUAGGGGAUACAUGUGAUAUAGGAAUUUGGUCCACAAAUGGUCCCAGGUAUAGGAGAGACAUGUGAUAUGAGGAAUAUAAGAAUGCUGUUCUCAGAUGUCCCAGGAAUAGUAGAGACGUGAUAUGUGGAAUAUAGGACUGCAACCCUCAGAUGGUCCCAGGUAUAGGGGAGACAUGAUAUUAGAAAUAUUGGACUGCAGUCCUCAGACGGUCCCAAGUAUAGAGGAGACAUGUGAUAUGCGGAAUAUAGUUUUAGUGGGGUGACGCACAUAGAAGGGUAAUCUAAUAAAGCAACCUCCAUGAGGUAUGGGGUUCCUGGUCCAAAAAUCACACUGACUGCUCCAUCUGGGCUCAUAGUAUCUAUAUAUAAGUUUAUCUACAGAACACAUUACAGUUACAAGAUAAGGGGACUGUGGUCUGCUUUUUUGCAGCUGAUCAGAAAACAGAUAAUGAGCCUCACUCUGCCUGCACAUCAAGGCUUUGCAGCUACUGGAGAUGUAAUAAAGUGAUUCGCAAUGUCGGCCAUCGCAGCAGAGUGCAGUGGGUAUCUAUGUGGCUACAUACUGUAGCUACUAUACAGUCAUUUUCCUUUAUUAUGCUGACUGCUGUCUUGUAAUGAAGAAGUGUUCCUAUGAGUGAUUUAUCUUUGUUACACUUUGUGCCGAGAGUUUUUUAAGUUGUGUGUUUUAUAUUUGUUGACAAGUUAAAGAAACUAUUACCUGGCUUUAUUGAAAUGCAAUACAUGAGGCAUACUUGCCUGCCUGACCCUCUCCAAGAGGGAGAAAAUGCUCUGUUCCUGGUCUUUCCUGGUAAUGUAUGAUUGCCAUCACCUGUGGUGAGCUAGUUAAUUGAUAAGAAAGGUGUUUCACCACAGGUGAUGGCAAUCAUACAUUUCCAGGAAAGUCCAGGAACAGAGCAUUUUCUCCCUCAUGGAGAGGGCCAGGUAGGCAAGUAUGACAUGAGGUCCUCUACUGCAGUCCCAGAAAAAUAUCAGACUGCACCCUGUUCUUCCUGUUAAAACAAGCACCCAAUGAUGCUUCUCCUGAGUCCUGACAACAAAUGAAACCAAUCAGUAGUUAUCCAUUGUCCUUCUCCGCUGCCCUCUGCUGGACUGUUUUGGUAGUACUACAAACAUUCAUUUUACUUUCCGUUUUAGACUAAACUUCGUCUGUGAUUUCUGUAUAGACAUUAUCCUAUUUCUACUUUACAUGGAAAUAAAUAUUUGCAACAAUGCUUUUAU